GGUCGCAACGUUUGGCGUGUGCGGGAGACUGAGUCAUUGCUGGUGAUAGAUGCGUGAUUGAGCCACAACAGCAGCAAACAACAGCAAACAACGAGGCGCUCGCGGUCAAUUAAAUAGCGUCGAGUCGUUAACGAGCAACGCGGCGGGGCGCGCGGACGCGGCGCCACGAAGUUGUGAACCCCAGCGCGACGCGGGCUGAGAGAGCGGACGGCGUGCAGGUGUUUGACCUCACGCCGAGUCCCGAGCAGCCUAGCUGUUGAUGCAGACAGCAAAAAAAGUGAGGAGGCUUUCUGAAGACGACUGUGUAGGUAGCAACACAAGCGACAUGGCCCAGGCGGCGGUAUGUGAGUUGCUUUCGGAGAGCACCGAGGUUCCCGAGGCUGCGGAUGUGUUCGCUGGAGGACCUGGCGCCACCGGUGCUGGCGGUGGCGGCGGCGGUCCGAGCAUCAGCGGGGGCAGCGUUGCCGGAGAUGGGGGGCGGCUGGGUGGUGGCGGCGGCGGUGGCGGACGUGGCUGUGGCGGUGGCGGACGUGGCUGUGGAGGUGGUGCCGAGGGAUCGGGGGUGGCCGCGGACGCGGCCGCUCGCUUCGCCGUGACGUCGCACACGUGGGAAGGCCUGCGCGACGUGAUUCGCUCCAGCCGCAAGCACCAGGGGCUACUCGCCAGCAAGGCCCCCCACGAGUUCAUCUUCGUGGCCAAGAACGGAGCCCCCACGGAGCCCCACUCGCACCGCGUUUACUACCUGGGUAUGCCUUUUGGCAGCAGAGAAAGCUCCUUGCUGUAUUCUGAGAUUCCCAAGUCCAUCGACCCAGACGGCUUCAUGAUUCUCACGUGGCGGCAGAUGCUCAACCACUUCACGGCCACGCCGCUGUUUGGCGCAUACUCGCGCGAGGAGGAGCUCCUGCGUGAGCGCAAGCGGCUCGGCACAUUCGGCAUCACCUCCUACGACCACCACAAGACCAGUGGCACCUUCCUGUUCCAGGCCAGCGGCAGCCUCUUCUACUGCCAGGACGGUGGCAGCAACAGCACUUUCCUGACCUCACCACUGAAGCCCACAGAGGUCCGUACAGAGUGCACGGGCAGCCGCAUGGACCCCAAGAUCUGCCCGCCGGAGCCAGACCUCGUCACGUUUAUUCACAGCGGCGACCUGUGGGUGACCAACAUACGCACGGGCCAGGAGCUGCGCCUGACGCACACGCGCAAGGGAGUGGGUGGCGUGCUGGAGGAUUGCCGUUCUGCUGGCGUGGCCACGUUUGUCAUCCAGGAGGAGUUUGAUCGCUACACGGGAUACUGGUGCAGUCCCACCAACCGCCAGAACGAAGAUGGGAGCCGCAGGCUGCAGGUUCUGUACGAGGAGGUGGACGAGGCUGAGGUGGAGGUGAUCCACGUGCCCUCGCCCGCGCUGGAGGAGCGGAAAUCCGACGCCUACAGAUACCCACGCGCAGGCACAAAGAAUCCCCGUGUCACACUGAGAAUAUCAGAAUUCAGUAUAGGCAGUGACGGGCAGAUCACGGACGUGGUCGGGCUGGAGCUGGUUCAGCCUUUCGACGAGCUCUUCCCCGACAUGGAGUACAUCACGCGCGCCGGGUGGACGCCCGACGGGAAAUACGUGUGGGUGGUGCUGGUCGACCGACCCCAGCAGCGCCUGCAGUUGGCGCUCAUCCCCCCAGCCAUGUUCGUGGCACCGUCCUCGACGGAGGGGGACGAAGGGGCGAGCCCCGUGGCGGACGACGUGAACCCCUUCGUCAUCUACCAGGAGGAGACGGACGUGUGGAUCAACGUGCACGACAUAUUCCACCCGUUUGCACAAACGCGCGAGGACGAGCUGACCUUCCUGUGGGCGAGCGAGUGCCGCACCGGCUUCCGCCAUUUGUACCGCGUCACGGCCACACUGGCGCCCAGCUCCUACAGACGCUCGGCGCAUCACAGCCCUGCACCUGAAGACUUCCUGUGCCCCGUGACGGAGGUGGCGCUCACGAGCGGCAACUGGGAGGUGCUGGGGAAGCAGGGCUCCAAGGUGUGGGUGGACGAGCGCCGCGGCUUAGUCUUCUUCCAGGGCACGAUGGACUCGCCCCUGGAGCACCACCUGUACGUCGUGAGCUACGAGAGUGCCGGCGAGGUGGUGCGCCUCACCAAGCCCGGAUACUCGCACACCUGCACGCUCAGCCAGAACUUCGACAUGUUUGUGACCCAGUUCAGCAACGUGGAGAACCCGCCGUGCGUGCAUCUCUUCCGCCUGUCGUCGUCCGAUGACGACCCGCUGCAUCAGCGUGCCAAAUUCUGGUCCAGCCUCAUGGAGUCGCCAGGCUGCCCCCCGGAGUACAGAGCACCCGAGAUAUUCAGCUUCCAGGGCCGCUCUGGACAUGACCUCUACGGCAUGUUGUACAAGCCGCAUAACCUGCAGCCUGGACACCGGCACCCCACCGUGCUUUUCGUUUACGGGGGGCCGCAGGUGCAGCUGGUGAGCAACGCGUUCAAGGGCACCAAGUUCAUGCGGCUGAACACGCUGGCGUCGCUGGGCUACGCCGUGGUCGUCAUUGACAACCGCGGCUCGUGCCACCGCGGCCUCAGCUUUGAGGGGGCGCUGAAACACCGCAUGGGCGAGGUGGAGAUCGCUGACCAGGUGGAGGGCCUCCUCUACCUGGCCGAGCGGCACUCCUUCGUGGACCUCGGUCGCGUCGCCAUCCACGGUUGGUCGUACGGCGGGUACCUCUCCCUCAUGGCGCUCGCCCUCCGCCCCGACAUCUUCAAGGUGGCGAUCGCGGGCGCGCCCGUCACCGUGUGGAUGGCCUACGACACGGGCUACACCGAGCGCUACCUGGGCACCCCAGAGGAGAAUGCGUCGGGCUAUGAAACCAGCUCCAUCGUGUGGCACGUCGACAAGCUCCCCAAGGAGCCCAAUCGUCUGUUGAUCCUGCACGGCUUUCUCGACGAGAAUGUCCACUUCUUCCACACCAACAUGCUGGUGUCUCAGCUCGUGCGAGUGGGCAAGCCUUACCAGCUUCAGAUUUACCCGAACGAGAGGCACAGCAUUCGCUGUGCCGAGUCUGGUGAGCACUACGAGAUCAUGCUGCUCCACUUUCUGCAGGAGCACCUCUGAGCUGGCCCCCUCUCAAUGCAACGUUCCCACUGGUUCCCAGCACAGCCGCUCACCAGCCCCUCACCCUCCCCCCUCUGUCGUCCUUGCCCACACCACGCCCACCCAACUACCCUUCGCUUCACCUCCAACCCAGCUCAGCCCGGCACCAGCGUCCCGGCCACCUGACCUUGCCCACGGAAAUCGCAGCUGCAUUUCCCGUGAGCCAUAACCGCUGCUUUUCUUCUCUCGACGUUUGUUGUCAUUUUUAAGGUCCACAUUUGGUCUUGAGGAUUUGAAGCUUGUGUCCAUAACUUGGGCAUGCGGUGAAAUCUCAGAGGGAGAGAUGCUCUGCAAACAUAGACUGUGCCGCGAAGACUUGACACGAUAUAAUGUGCCACUGCGCCAUGUGGAAUUUGUGUUUUGGCUACGUUUUAUUGGGUAAAUUUUUUGUGGCUUCUGUUGCAUCCUUUCUAUCUGUCCUCUCCCUCAUUUAUUUUCUCACACCGCUAUCCGUCCAAACCAUUUUGUGAACAAGAAUGCGGCAUUUGACGGAUUAUUUUGUCCAUGGAGCACAAAACGCAGUUACCGCUAGGCUUUUAUUUUAACCACGUGUUUUUGUCAUUUCCUUUCCCGAUACUUGUACAGCGAGAACCCAUGAGCUUGCACAGAGUGAUCUCCGCUUGUUUUUCAUAUUCGUAACAUCCUGUUGUACUCUUCGUUAUUUUCAUGUAAUUUUUUUUUCAGUGUACUUUUAAUUUUACGGAAGACUGUACAUUUUGGAAAUUAAAAAAAGUGCCUGUGAAGCAGACUGCAGUGCAAAUCUGGGAUGGGGGUGGUGGUUUGUAUUUCCCGCCUCCGCCGAAAGCCACAAUAUAAGCGAUGACAACGUUGAUCGAGAUGUUUGGCGACCAGCCGUUGCUCAAGUCGAACAUAACGCAUGUUGAGCCUGUAUUUUGCACUAGUUGACCAAAGACAUUGGAGCUUGUUGUCAUCCCCAUGUUUAUUUAGUCUUAACGGAGCAUCGUGUGUAACGUUUUAACAAAGUCUGGUGAGGAAAUCUGGAAGGAAAAGAGCAAACCGAACGCUCUCAAGGUUCUCGUCCGUCGGCGAGAUGCGAUUUUGAUUUUUUUCCGAGAUCGGGAAUUGAUUGUAACCUCUCGGCAACAGUUUGAUCCCUCGCGCGCAGUGGGGGGGAAGUCUUGCCUGUGUGUGUUCUGUACAUUACCGCGCUGUGUAUAAAUCAUUUUUAAUUCAAUUAAAUAAAGGUCUGAAGAGGAUUUAUCAA